AUGAAGUCAUAUCCUGACGAUAGGAAAUAUGUUCGGAACAACAUUAUCGGGGGUGUUAUUACAUGUGUAGUCACGUGCAUAUUGGGAUUUAUGUUGCUGCCAGCACCCAUGCCACGACUGGAGACGGUGUCCAUGAGAAUUCUUUACUGUUUACGCUGGCAAAUAUGGUCCGUUCUAACAUUAACAGCAGGUAUUUUUGUGGUUGCCAAUAAGCGAUUCUUCACCAGCGCCAUUGACCCAAUUGAAGGACGCGGGGAACAUCUGAUCGAGGUCCACAAGCGAUAUAUACAGAAUACCAUGGAACAGCUAGUGUUACACGUGGCUUCUUCCGCACUCCUGGCAUCUUUUCUCUCACCAGAAUCCAUGAUGAUCAUCCCGAUAAGGGUCUUUCUUUUCGUCUUUGGUCGAGUGACGUUUUGGUAUGGGUACAUGAAAUCUCCGAUAAAAAGAGCCUUCGGUUUCCAGGUGACGUUCGCUCCCAGUGUUGUAUCAUUGUUGUAUUGUGCAUUUUGUUUUUGUAAUUCUGGUCCAGCUUUUGCUUUAUAUGAAACCUGA